UAUAUACACCCACACAUUAUUGUUGAUGGCCUCCGAAUACAAUACAAUACAGUACUAGCUCGCUCUACACAUUUAGUGGCGGAUAUCGAUCGAUUCGAUCGUAUGGCGCCCGUCGGUCUCCCUCCUGGUUUUAGGUUCCAUCCCACCGAUGAAGAACUCGUUAAUUACUAUCUCAAACGAAAAAUCCAUGGCCAAGAGAUUGAACUUGAUAUCAUCCCUGAAGUUGAUCUCUACAAAUGUGAGCCUUGGGAAUUAGCAGAGAAAUCUUUUUUGCCAAGUAGAGAUCCGGAGUGGUAUUUUUUUGGUCCAAGGGACAGGAAGUAUCCGAACGGGUUCAGAACGAACAGAGCCACUAGAGCUGGAUACUGGAAAUCGACAGGGAAAGAUAGGAGAGUGUCAUCGCAGAAUCGCGCGAUUGGGAUGAAGAAAACGUUGGUGUAUUACAGGGGAAGAGCACCACAGGGGAUUAGAACUGAUUGGGUAAUGCAUGAGUAUAGACUAGAUGAUAAAGAAUGUGAAGAAAUCUCCAGCAUUCAGGUAGAUUCAUAUGCAUUGUGUCGCGUAUUCAAGAAAAAUGGUAUUUGUUCAGAAAUAGAAGAACUAGGGCAACCUAGUAUUAAUGUACCGUCAUUUGAGUACCCAUUAACCCAAGGGAUUAAUAAUAAUAAUAAUGUUCAUGAUCAGUACCAAACACCAUCUCCAGAUGUUCCAUUAGCCUCCUCCUCCUGUUGCAUUGAAGAAGAUGAAAAAGAUGAUUCAUGGAUGCAGUUUAUUACAGAAGAUGCAUGGUGUAAUUCUUCCAAUUCUCCCUUUCAAGGUGAAGAAAUCUCUCCACUUGCUUUCACAAAUUUAUAAACAGUAGCUGGAGCUUUCAGUGACCGAUCGAUCGAUGAGAUAAAAUUAUUCUUACCAUAAUAAUCAAUAUUAUUUGAUGAUAAUUAAAUUUAUGUAACUUUUUUGUUCUUUUUUUGUACCUUAAUUAUGAACAAUGAUUUCGCUAAUUGUACUUAGGAUUUUUUUUAUUUUUUUUUUAAUUAUUUGGUUUUUGUGACUGGUCAUAUUAUAUACACCUGUACAGCCAGCUUAUCUUGUGGCUUUACAGGUUCUGAUUUUGACCUCUUUCUUUGAGGUUGUCAUGGUGUUAUACUUGUGAAAUAAAAGGCAAAGGGGUUGUUAUUUA